UCGAAACUUGUGCGACGUCCAAAGACGCUGAUCAAAUACAUCAGCCGUCAUAACGUCUAAAGAUGUCAGCCUGAUUCUUAAUUUUUAUAAAUGUGUCCAUAGAAUGCAACGGGAUUUGGUUGAGAUGGAGAUGUAUGACAAAGAGCCCUUGCUGGAAACAGAAACUGGACAAUGUCCGAGUUGCCACCAGGACUUCGCACUGGACACUGAUGCAGCUCCAACAUACCUCUCAUGUGGUCACUCUGUUUGCUUUAAGUGCAUCCAAGUGGAAUGGUGUAAAUCUGUGUCAGCAGAUGCUGACAUGAUCACAUGUCCCCUGUGCACCAAUCAGAUUCUUAUUUGCUUUGAUAAAGAAGCCCCCCAUGAAAAUUGAGGAACAACCUUUAGAAUCUGCAAGAAAUAACAUGACUGAUGUUCUACGGAAGGCACAGUUGGACAACCAGAUUUCAGCAAGCCUUUCAAGCAGUCAUACAAAUCCUGGUUGCAGGGAUGUUUUAAUGAUCCAAACAACAAAUAAGUGUAGUUCACCGUUAAAUCCAAUUUUAUCUGAUUCUGACGUAGCGCAUAUGGAUUCAGAAAUUUCUUUCCCUAUCCUUAAUGGCCAAGAGGGUGGGGACCCAAAGUCCUGGACUGUGGAUGUGAUGAACCUCCAAGCCCUGCUUGAAAAGGAGACUGGUGUUUCCGGUUUGACAGACCACAUGAACCAAGAUAGUAUGUUCGCUGACCAUGGAGACAGCGAUAUUAGCACUGUUCAAGAUCUUCUUAAGAUCGUGAACAUUCCAGGAGAAUCACUUUUUGACGAGAACAGUCUCAGUAGUUUUGCACCUCACAAUCUUAUGGAUGAAACCUCAAAUCCACCCAAUAUGAAGAAUUCGUUAUCAAGCUUUGAAAUAUCUGAGCUGUCACAAUUUCUUCAUGCCCCUUCAGGAGCAAACAAUUGGCAGAUGCCGUCUUCAUGUCAGGAGAAGAGUCAUUUGAAAGGUGUUGAUAUUCAUAUUGGCGAAGAAAAUGAUCAUGUUACAAAUGACUUACAACCUUUCUCUGUUGACCAGAGAGGGAUAUUUGAGACGUUAGCAGGUCACAGCUUUGUUCCACAGGUACAAGGAAGGAGACAGGGCCAUCACAAUAAAGGAAGAAAAAUGAGUGUGUUGUCUAGAGCAGCAGAGAUUGAUAGUCUGAACUUGGAAACAAUGACAGCUCUUGCUUCCAUCGAGGCUCAUAAAGACACCGGGAAAUCAGCAACUGAAAAAAUACCAUCAAUGAAAGAGAGUCUGUAUAAACGAUUUUAUCCAAAAUCUAGCAAGAAAUUAUACCGAAGAGGACCAGCUCUAAGGACAGAAGACAGAAGCUAUAGCAGCAUCAGGCAAGAGCACUAUCCACUAAGCAGAGAGGAAAUUGACAUUCCUGAUAUGCAGAUGGUUAAAAUAGUAUCGGAUGUACAGAUCCCUGAAGAAGAAGCACCUGUUCAAAUGGAAGAGAUGGAAGAAACAAGUCGGCAUAAUUAUGGAUAUGUCAAAAACGCCAUGCUUCCAAAUGGAAAUGAAAUAAAGAACCUGUAUGUUGUUCCUAAGACUUGGCUAAACAAUGAUGAAGUUGAGGUACAGUUCACGCCAACAGAAACAGAAGGCUGUGAUAUAUUCCAACCAGAAUGUCCAAUGCAACCAGACCAGAACAUGCAGAAUCUAUCCGCUGCACUAGCAUAUCCAAUGACGAGCAUCAUGCCAUCCCAGCAUUCUCUGCUGCAGCCAUUUUCAAGACAACAGAUUCCCAUGCCAAAGGUCCCACGUGCAAAGCGAGACACAUCCAAAUGUAAGUCAGCUGUGGAGCACACUGUCCCUUGUUCAAAGCCUGUUAGGAUAUGUCCAAAGAUAUCUGAGGACGAAGCUGCUGUACAGACGAUCCAGACUGCUGAUUUGAAUCCAGGGGAGAGUCCAUUUGAAACAGAAAUGGUACAUGUUCGCUAUGAAAUAAAUGAUGGACAAAUCGUGUUUAUUCCAGAACCAGCUGAAGAAUCAUCCCGUAACAAUACGAUUGCAACUAAAGGAUAUUGUGACAAGGAACAAGGCCCACUGCUUAUACUUACAGUACAGGACAGUGAGUCAUCUGAUGGUGAAAAAUGCAAAACUGAAGACAGGAAUGACACUGUUGUAAGCUCGGAAAUCAUGGAAUCUCUCAGGCAAGAGAAAUCAGAUACACAUGCUGUCAUGAAAUCAGUCAUUCAGCCAAAUUGUUUCGGAUCAACUACACUGCAAGAAGAAAGUGAGAAAAUCGAUCAGAAGAUUUUGGACAAAGUUCAGGAUUUACAAGAUCAAUGCAUUCAGACUGCACCUACCAGUGCAGAGUCAGUACUCAGUUCACUUUCCCUUGUGCCAUCAGCAAGCAGUUCUACUGAGAGCUGUCGGAGAGCGUUCAGCUCACCAGAGUCAGUUACACCUGAGGACAUUCAGGGAUGGCACAUGUCUCAUAAUAACAGCACAAACAGUUCAAGAUGUGAACUGAUUUCAGGGAAUGAAAACAAUGAGGACAUCUCACUCCAGGUAUGCAGUGACACUGUUUUACAUGGUUCAGUGUCACCUCAAGGUAAGACGAUGGAUAAUUCCCAAGGCCUUGUAUCUAAUGAAGCUACAAAACUGCAACCAGCCGCCACUGGGGAUGAUGGAAGGUCACAGACACUUUAUAAAGACAAUAAUGUGUCAGUUGACAAUCAAACAGCUUGUAAUGACCUAGACGUAUCAUCUGCUGCACCCUGUUCUUUUGGAACAUGUGGAGAUGGUGUUGAUUAUGGUAGUCCUCCUGAGCUGGAACAAAUGGUCAGACUACCUCCCAAUAAGGAAACAGACCGAGGAGAAGACAGAGAAAACAAAUUGGUUCUUGAAUGUGUCAGCUCUACAAAAGUUUCAAGUAGUGAGAUAUUCAGUGAGGAAGGACUAAGAAGGCAGGAUAAAGUGACACCAGUUCAAAUGAAAGUUGAAAAAAGUCAAUUAGAAGUCAUACUUGGAAAGCUAUCUGGUCUCAACAGUGGAAAAGAUGUCACAUCAGAUAUCAACGAUCUCAGCUAUCAAAUUGAAAAGUUGAAUGAGAUCAACCGAAAGUUUAAUGUACACACUGGAUUGUCCUUUUACAACAACCAAAGCAAAAAGAUAUACGAUAUGAUAAUAAAUCAAGUUUCAUCACUGAUUGCUUGUGAAAUGUCUGUGCAGUGUUUUGAAGAUAAUGCUGAUAUUUUAGGCAAAGAUACAGAAAAGGAGAUGUGUACGCAGAGAUACUUGUUUAAACAGGUCGUGAAACAAGGGAUUGGCUUUAUCACUGAGCUGGUAAAUGAAUACGAGAUGGUCCUGGAUACAUCUUCAACUGGUGAUAAUGAACUGGAAGUCAGCAGCUCAGGACUGAAGGAUAUUGCUGCAUGUGAAAAUGAAGACUCGAACACAGAUGUUGAUGCAGUUAUAGAUGAACAUGGAAAUACAGAUGAACUUGGAAAUGUAGAUGGAAAACCUGACUGGAACACGGAUGGAAAUGCAGUUAUAGAUGGACUUGGAAAUACGGAUGCACAUGAAUAUGUAGAUGGACUUCUAACUGAAAAAACUGAUUACCAUGGAAAUGAAAAUGGAUCUGAAAAUGGAAAUACAGAUGCACAUGGAGAUGUGGCUUGUAAACCUGGGACAGAUGAAGGGAUAGAGGUAAAUAAUGGUUCAUAUUGGGAACAUGACAUCAGUCAACAGGACCAUUUUGAACAGCCUGAGAACCUACCCACAGCGACAGAGUUAUUUGAUGAAAGGUCACCAGAGCCACAUAAUAAUGAAUUGAAUUCACAACAAACAAAUGAUGAAAGCGUGUCAGUGUUAUCACUGACCCCAGAGACAAUUCAAAUUCCACAGAAAGAACAGGGUUCGCCACUUAAAGAUGUCCCUUCAGAGACAAGCCUGGCAAACCAUGUGUCAAAUAUUGCCUUAAAUGUUGAGAUUGGAACAGCAUCUAGCAACGAAUCUGUUCUACCAUCUUUGUCAGAAAUUAUGAGAAUUCAUAACCACCAAGACAAGAUGGAAACUCCUGAAGACACCAGAAAAGAGAGUGUUACAUUGCGGGAUGAUACCGAAAUAUCUUAUCCUCAAUAUUUCGGAGAAGGCAAAGAGAAUUCUGAUAGCUGUGAAGAUAAAAGUGAAGAUGAUGAUGAAGCCGAGGAAAGUCUUGCAGUCAGAUCUCCGAGAAAGAAACAACAGAACGGGAACCGGAAGAGGAAGUUACAGGGCCUAGAUGAAAAUGGUGUGGACACCAAGAGGUCAAAACCAAGGUCCAACAGGAAAGUUGGUACCGACUCAACACCUAAAAAGAAGAGACAGAGAAGUGGCGGUCAAGCUCCGCGUACACCUACUAAGUCUCCUGGUCCUAAAUCUGUGAAAGGAAAGAAGAAGAAAGUGAAGAAGAAAGAUAUAUAUGCAUCAUCUUCGGAGGAAAUUAUACCUCCGCCAAUUAAACGAGGCUUCCAGCACACUGAUGCAUGUUUCAAGGUUUUCAACGCAGUGUACAACCACAAGCAAAGUGAUCCGUUCUGCAAAGAGAUCAAAUCAGAUGACGUCCCUGGCUACUACAAGGUGGUCAAGCGGGCCAUGUGGCUGGAUCUCAUUGCCCACAAGUUGAGGUCCGGCAGGUACGAGCGUCUAGAAGACUAUGCUGCUGACAUGAGACUCGUCUUCACCAAUAGCCAUCUUUUCAAUAAGGAUGACACAGAAGUCUAUGAAUCUGGGAUCAUCUGUGAGAAACUAUUUGAGAAGAAAUUAGCGGAACAGUUCCCGGACAAACAGCUAUAAAAGGGAGGGAACAGUGAUCCACAACGUAACCGUUUCUGUCCGUGAUAGUGAAGAAGAAAGAAGCGGUCUGGCUUGGACAGAAUGAAUGAAUGAAUGAAUGAAUGUAUGAAUGAAUGAAUGAAUGGUCAGGCUUGAAUACAAGGAAGACACGUAACUCUUUAAAUUGACCAUAAGGAUACGUGAAGGUCAAACAUGGAAAGAAGGGAUGCUGAGACUCUUUAUAAGGGUUGUCUUUGGAACAUCAAAUUAUUCUGCUCUUUUCUUUAGAUGUCUUUGUUUAUGGCUGUAAAGUACACAGCAGUUGUUUACCGAAUCGUUUUUAGAUCACCUUACAACGAUUUACUAAUUCCCAAGGGCAGGAUGCAUGUGAAGGUGUACAUAAAAGACUAUAAUGUGAUUUCUGUAGGAGUUGGGCUCUCCCGAUAUCAACAUUCCGUCAAAAGUCUUCCUCCAAAUAUUGAAGUAAAAUGAUUAUUUACUAGUUGUGAGCGGGUGUGGUUUUACGCUGAUAUCUUCCAGCAAUAUCACGAGGUGGGACAUCAGAAAUAGGUUUCACACACGGUACCAUACUGGGAAUCGAUCUCGGGUCUUAGGCGUGACCAGCUGAUGCUCUAACCACGAGGCUACUUCUUAAAGGGAAGUAUUAGCUGAAACAGAGUUUUUUUCAGCUUUUUCUUAUUGUAGGUUAAUUUGUUUCAAUAUAGUAGCACUAUUGCGAUGGGCUUUAAAACGAAUCUCGGUUAGUUUUAUAGCACCCGGCAAAUCUAAUUUGUUUCCUCAUGGUAUCAAUAUUAUUGUUCAAAAAUCAUUCGUGGUUUAGGAGAACCAUUGCUCAAAGCAGUUAAUUCAUCAUUCACAGCUGUAGGCUCUGGUGUUUAUGUUUAAGAUAUGUUUCCAGUUUGUUAAUUUUGAAGUAAAUUAAUAUUACGUAACAUCAAACGGCACGUUCUUGUUGUAUCAAAUGACUGCACCAUUACCAGGCAAACCAAUAUGGUUCAAAGAUAGGGUUUUCAUAAACCCUACAGAAUACUGUUUUCAUCCGGAUUUUACGUCUUUCUGCGAGAAAAACAAUGGUUGGAUUUCGAUGCGAAUUGAGAUAAUGAAAGGGGUAGCAAUUUACUGAAAACCGAAUGGUGUAUAUACAUCUAGGGACACACGUGUGACUUAUUUUGAAAUGAUUACAAUGUUAUGUUCUUAUAUGAUCCUUUUAGUUGACUGAAUAAUUCUAAGAUAGAUACGCCAAUGAUAUUUGCCAUUAUGCUUCAAUCAACAGGCUAUCGAUAUUGUUGUGUACUUUGUAUUUAUGAAUAAAAUAUUCAAUGUUU